CGCGCAUCAAUAGGACAGCAGACAUUCUCCCUUAAUUAAUCACCCGACCAAUCACCACUCUUUCACCAAGGAAAAAUGUACUCCGCUGCCGUCGUCGCCGCCAUUGUUGGCUCCGCUGCCGCUCAGGCCUCAUACGGCGCUCCAGCAUCAGCAUGCCCUGCUGCCGGAGACAAGGCCGCUGAUGGUCGCUACAGCUGCAACCCAGCACACUCUUACCCUGAUGGCCAGACCUGCCAGGCCAGCGAUGGCUGCUACUAUCUCGUCAACCAGGGCCCAGGUGUGACUGCCAGCGCCUCGAGCUCCGCCUCGGUCUACGUCGAUGUGCCAGAGUACCGCACUGCAUCCGCGUCUGCAUCGGCCUCUAACUACGUCGACGUCCCAGAGUACCGCACUGCGACCUCGUCUGCCCCAUCGGCUGCUGCAUCAUGCCCUGCUACAGGCUCUGCUGGACCUGAUGGACGCUACUCGUGCAACCCAGCACACAGCUACCCUGAUGGCCAGACCUGCCAGGCAGACAACGGCUGCUACUACCUCGUCAACCAGGGCCCAGGUGUGUACGCCAGCGCCUCGAGCUCCGCUUCGGUCUACGUCGAUGUCCCAGAGUACCGCACUGCGACCUCGUCUGCCCCAGCGGCUGCUGCAUCAUGCCCAGCCACAGGAUCUGCUGGACCUGAUGGACGCUACUCGUGCAACCCAGCCCACAGCUACCCUGGCGGCCAGACCUGCCAGGCAGACAACGGCUGCUACUACCUCGUCAACCAGGGCCCAGGUGUGUACGCCAGCGCCUCGACUUCCGCCUCGGUCUACGUCGACGUCCCAGUGUACCGCACCGCCACCGUCUCUGCCAUCACGACCUACUGCCCACAGCCAACCACCUUCGUGCACAGCGCAUCGACCUACGUCGUCACUGCGGCUACUACCCUUACCAUGGCCUGCCCAGGUGGCUGCGUCGUCACUGAGUCUGCCACUGCCCCAGCUGGUUACAUGCCAACUGGCGGUCUCAUCCCAGGUGCGCCAAAGAACGGUACUGGAAACUCCCCAGUUGCCUACACUGGUGGUGCCGCUUUCGCCACUGGUGGCCCAUUGGCUGUCUUGGCCGCUCUCGGUGCUCUCUUCUUGUAGAUGAUGAAGGAGGGAUAGUGUGGAUAAGAUUAUUGUUGUUGGCGAGGAGAACUCACUCUUAUGUCUGCUGCCUUGGUGGCUAACUUGAGGGGUGUUUGUGUUGGAGGUGGUGGAUGGGUAAGAAUGUAAAUGGGAUACAGAUACGAUCAACAUGUUGUUGCAUAUACAGAAAUCGGGUACAACAGAUAGACUUCUCGUAUGGUUACAACGGAACGGCGAAAAGAAUUGUG